UUUGAAACGAGUUUUUAAAUUACUCACUUUAAGAUGGAAGUUGUUUAUUGGUUUAAAAUUAACCCAUUAUAGAACCUAAGUUUAAGGUGAGUUUCUAAUUAACUUCUUUAUUUUUGUCUUUUAUGGGCUAAAAAAUAACCAAAUUUUCAUUACAAGUUUCAAGUAAGUAUUUAAAUAACUCCUUUUUUACACAAAAAGCUAUUUAUAGACUAGAAAUUAACCAAAUUUGACCUUAAGUUUGAAACGAGAUUUUAAAUUACUGACUUUUUACCAUUAAAGUUGUUUAUUGGUUUAAAAUUAACCCAUUAUAAAUCUUAAGUUCAAGGUGAGUUUCUAAUUAACUUCUUUAUUUUUGUCUUUUAUGGGCUAAAAAAUAACCAAAUUUUCAUUACAAGUUUCAAGUAAGUAUUUAAAUAACUCCUUUUUUACGCAAAAAGCUAUUUAUAGACUAGAAAUUAACCAAAUUUGACCUUAAGUUUGAAACGAGAUUUUAAAUUACUGACUUUUUACAAUGAAAGUUGUUUAUUGGUUUAAAAUUAAUCCAUUAUAAAUCCUAAGCUUAAAGUAAGAUUUUAAAUAACUACUAUAAGUACGUAUAAGUUUUUAAUCAACUCGUUAUUUACCUUUUAACAACCCUGGCAAUUUUUCAACUAAGUUCCAACCCAAUUUCAACUAACCAACAACUCUCCACACAUACACAUUCACCAUACUCGAGCGUCGCGCGUCGCCCAUCAUAUUUUUGUCUCUCAUUUUUCUCAGAUCUCUCAGUAUUCUUUUGUGGCUGGUGGUAGCAAGUUAUUGUGCGAGAAAGUUUUUGUGAAAAAAUAUAAAUUAAAUAAAAAAAAAUAUCUGUCUGUGAAAAAUUAUUAAGAGGUAAGUUAUUUGUUUAUAAUUUAUUUUAAAUAUUGUUAUUUGUUUAUAAUUUAUUUUAACCCUUUGCUUCCUAGUGGUUUCAGCAUGAUACCACCUAUUAAUUACUUUGUUAGUUUUUUUUACUACAAAAUGGACUUUUCCUUUUGUACUCUCAGCUCAAAACAUUCCUUAUACAAUGUUAUUACUAGUACAAUCAUUAUUUUUUUCAUUUUAGUGUGUUGUUAGAAAAUAUCAAAACUUUUUUUCAAGAUAUUUGUAUUUUUUUCCGGGAGCGAAGGGUUAAAUAUUAAAUAUUGUUUAAUAAAUAACUUCAGAGUAUAAAAAAUAACUUCUGAGUUUGAAAAAUAUCUUCUGAGUUUGGAAAAUAACUUCUGAGUUUGAAAAAUAUCUUUUGAGUUUGGAAAAUAACUUCUGAGUUUGAAAAAUAUCUUCUGAGUUUAGAAAAUAACUUCUGAGUUUGAAAAAUAUCUUCUGAGUUUAGAAAAUAACUUCUGAGUUUGAAAAAUAUCUUCUGAGUUUAGAAAAUAACUUCUGAGUUUGAAAAAUAUCUUCUGAGUUUGGAAAAUAACUUCUGAGUUUGAAAAAUAACUUGAGAGUAGGCAUACAGAUAACUUAGCGCGUCUUUUCAUUUGUCUUUCUCAUUCCGCGUUAUUAUUCCAAGCUUGACUGUUGAUAAAAUCACUAUAAUAAAAAUGUAUUCUAUCAUUAAAAAUAAAAUUUGUAGUAGAACUACUUUUAAAAGAAAAGUUAAAAAAAUAAUAUUAGAAAUGCGUGAAAAAGAAAGAAUUAAAAAUCUUGAACAAGUUUUUCUUAGCAAGAGGUUAUUUGAAGUGCAGCAACACCUUUCGGAAAAUGAAAUAAGUGCUAAUUGUGAACAAGGUUUUUCUAACACGAAAUUUGAAGAGUUGCAACACCUAUCGAAUAUUAUUUCUGAACAUGAAAGUGACAGUGAAAAUUCUGGAAACAAUUGUGUCGCUGUCUCAACUAAUUUUGAAGCUAUUCCAGAAAAUUUAAAAAAAAACUUAGUAUUAUGGGCUAUUCAGCAUAACAUAUCGAAUAUUUGCUUGCGUGAUUUGCUUAACAUUUUGCAUAAUUCUCAUCCUUAUUUGCCAUUAGACCCUCGAACAUUAUUACAAACUCGCGUUUCCCUUGAGAAAAUUUUUAUCGAAGUUCCACCUGGUAGAUACUGGCAUUUCGGUUUGGUUCGCGCUCUUACUAAGGUUUUUGAAAGUGUUCAGACAUGUCAAACAGUAAUAUUCUUGGACUUUAAUAUUGAUGGGAUUCCUGUUAGCAAAAGUUCAAAGGGCCAAUUUUGGCCUAUUUUGUGUUCACCAGAUGGUUUUCGUGUGCCGCCGCUAGUAAUAGGUGUUUACUACGGAAUGGCAAAACCUUCAAGUGUUAAUGAAUUUCUGCGAUUAUUUCUUGAGGAGGCUGUUAACAUUGAUGAUUUGAACAUUGGUUCCAAAAAAAUAAGUUUUAAAAUCAGGAAUUUCAUCUGUGACGCCCCCGCUCGUUCUUAUUUAAAAGGAAUCAAAGGGCAUAAUGGUUAUUUUGCUUGUGAAAGAUGUAAUGUAGAAGGGGAUUAUAAUUACAAAUCUCACCAAAUGUGUUUUCCAAACCUAUCAAAAUCACUUCGCACGAAUGAUUCUUUCCGGGCUGGGAUACACGAAGAUCAUCAUACGCAACCAUCUCCAUUAGAAAAACUUCCAAUAGAUAUUAUUAUGAAUUUUCCUCUAGAUUACAUGCACUUGUUGUGCUUAGGUGUCAUGAAAAAAUUGUUGGUUACAUGGAUUAAGAAUAGAACCCUUAAAACAAAAUUCUCGGCAAAAAACAUUGAGAGAAUCUCUAAGACCUUAGUAUCACUACGAAAAUAUGUUCCAUGCGACUUCAAUAGAACACCUCGUGGACUUGAUGUGAUAAGCUUUUGGAAGGCCACUGAAUUUCGUAUGUUUUUGUUGUACUUAGGUCCGGUUGUUUUGCAAAAUGAAACUCAUGAAGAAGUAUAUGCCAAUUUUAUGGAACUACACUGUGCUGUUUCAAUAUGUUUGAGUAAAAAUAAACAAGUUUUUGUUGAUGUCGCACAGAGUCUGUUCAAAUCAUUCAUAUAUAACUUUUCUAGUAUCUAUGGAGCUGAAAACAUAAGUUAUAACGUUCACAAUUUAUAUCAUGUCGUAGAUGAUGUUAAAUACCAUGGACCUUUAGAUAAUAUAAGUGCUUUCAAAUAUGAAAAUCGUUUACAAUAUUUAAAACGUCGAAUAAGAUCUGGAAACAGACCCCUGGAACAAAUUGCAAAUAGGAUUAUCGAAGAUUUUGAGAAUGUAGAUCUAAUUGAUGUAGAUGAAAACAAAACUCCUAUGCUUUAUAUGAAAGAUAGGAAUAAAAUAUGCAAAAUUAAACACUGUGUUGGAAUCUAUAGAGCAAUUCAGCUUCAACAUUUUGUUUUGAAGUCGUCACUUGCAGAUAGUUACUUCUUAACAAACUCAGAAGAAAUUGUUAGAAUGGAGUUUGCAACAUAUCGACAUGGCAUCCCAGUUAUCUAUGGUUCAAGCUUAAAACAAAAACAAAAUUUUUACGAAAAACCGUUCUAUUCUAAAUUUUUAAGCGUUUAUAAAUCAAAUGAAGAAGAAAAUUUGCCUAAUUUUUAUAACAUAGAAAAUAUUUCCUCUAAAUUUUUCAAAAUAACUUUACCAAACACUGAAUCUGUUUUUUUUUCCAUUAGUACAUUGUUAAUCAAAAUGUAUUGUGUUGUGGAGACGCUCGAAGAUGAAGGGAAGUUCGUGACGGCAGUUCCCAAAAAUUGGGUCAUCGAUGGAACGAAGCUAUUAUGGCCAAAGUCCAAGAAAGAUUCCAUUUGCGGUCGGAAAAAUUGCAUCACAGCAUCGGAUGAUUGGCAAAGCAUAGCAUGCAAAUUAAUAUUUGAUGACAUCGGUUCCUGGGAGGAAGCAGUUCAGAAGGAAAAGGAUGCCGAGUAUUUGUCUUCUUCUGAAGAAAAUACGGAAGAAGUGACCAUCGACACCAAUUCUUCGGAAUACAUGACAGAUAUGAACAAAUUGAUGUCAACUUUGAUUCCUAAUUCUGACGUUUCCUCGUUCACCCCCCAAACUGAAGAUGUUACCAUCACUAAUGUCAUUUCCGAGUUAUACACGUAUGAAGGUAAAAAAUGUAUUUUAGCACUAGUACAAUUAUCAAAGUCGUUUUUAAACUCCAGCUUAUCUUAGACUGGGGUUUAUCCAAUGUUAUUUGAAUAGGAUAAACCCCAGUCCCUCUUAGUAACAGCUGAGAUAGCAUAUUAGUUCUUUCACUAAC